GAGAUGACUCUCCUGUCCUCCCAGACACCAUCUUUGGAGUCGUCCUCAGCUGCCACCGAGAGUCCAGAGCAAAGGAUGCUGGAGAAGAGGGCCAAGGUUAUUGAGGAACUGCUCCAGACAGAGCGGGACUACAUCAGAGACCUGGAGAUGUGUGUAGAGAGGAUCAUGGUGCCCCUGCAGCAGGCACAGAUGCAGAACAUAGACUUUGAGGGUCUUUUUGGAAACAUCCACGUGGUAAUUAACUUCUCCAAGCAGCUGUUGUCCACCUUGGAGGCUUCAGAUGCCAUCGGGCCAGUGUUCCUGGCACAGCGUGCAGAGCUGGAAAGUGUCUACAGGGUGUAUUGCCAGAACCACGAUGAGGCCAUCGCACUGCUGGAAACCUAUGAGAAGGAUGAGAAGAUGCAGAAACUACUCCUGGACCUGCUGGAUAGCCUCAGGAGCCUGUACAGUGAGUGGGGCUGCACAAACUACAUUAACCUGGGCUCCUUCCUCAUCAAGCCAGUGCAAAGGGUGAUGCGGUACCCACUGCUGCUGAUGGAGCUGCUGAGCGCCACCCCUGAGGCUCACCCUGACAAGGCACCGCUGACGGCUGCUGUCCUCGCUGUCAAAGAGAUCAACGUUAACAUCAAUGAAUACAAGCGCCGGAAGGACCUGGUGCUAAAGUACCGGAAAGGGGAUGAGGAUAGCCUCAUGGAGAAGAUCUCCAAGCUCAACUUCCACUCUAUUAUCAAGAAAUCCAACCGUGUGAGCAGCCACCUCAAGCACCUCACUGGCUUUGCGCCCCAGCUGAAGGAUGAAGCCUUUGAAGAGACAGAGAAAAAUUUCCGGAUGCAGGAGAGACUGAUCAAGUCCUUCAUCCGGGACCUUUCCCUCUACCUGCAGCAUGUCCGGGAGUCGGCUUGCAUGAAGGCACUGGCAGCAGUGAGCAUGUGGGACCUGUGCAUGGAGAAGAGCAGUGGGGACUUGGACCAGUUCCAGAAAGUGAAUCGGCUCAUCAGCGACCAGCUCUUCUCCAAAUUCAAAGAGCGGACGGAGCGUCUGGUGAGCUCGCCCCUGAACCAGCUGCUGAGCAUGUUUGCGGGGCCCCACAAGCUGGUGCAGAAACGUUUUGAUAAGCUCCUCGAUUUCCACAACUGCACGGAGCGAGCGGAGAAGCUGAAGGACAAGCGAACGCUGGAGGAGCUGCAGUCUGCUCGCAACAACUACGAGGCCCUCAAUGCCCAGCUGCUGGAUGAGCUGCCUCAGUUCCUGCGCUUUGCCAAGGAGCUGUUUGCCAGCUGCGUGCGGGGCUACGCCGAGGCACACUGCGACUUCGUGCGCCUGGCCCUGGAGGAGCUCAGACCCCUCUUGUCGUUGCUGAAGGUGUCCAGCAGGGAAGGGAACCUCAUUGCCAUCUUCCAGGAUGAGCACAGUCGAGUCCUCCAGCAGCUCCAGGCCUUCACCUUUUUCCCAGAGUCCCAGGCAGCUCCCAAGAAGCCUUUUGAAAGAGCCACUCAUACCUGCCUUGUUCCUCUGCAGCCCAGCUACCUCAUGCAGUCAGAUGACAUCCGAGCUGCCCUCUUGGCCCACUAUCCCCCAGACAGUCUCUUCCAAGCAGACCGCAAUUUCAAUGCUGCCCAAGACCUGGAUGUCUCACUGCUGGAAGGAGACAUAGUGGGUGUCAUCAAGAAGAAGGACCCCAUGGGCAGCCAGAAUCGCUGGCUCAUAGACAACGGGGUGACCAAGGGCUUUGUGUACAGCUCCUUUCUGAAGCCCUACAACCCACGCCGCAGCCAGUCAGAUGUCUCUGUGGGCAGCCACUCUUCCAACGAGUCAGAGCACAGUAGUUCCUCUCCCCAAAGCAACACCACGCUGACCUUCAGCCCCAGUGGGGCGGCCGUCACCUUCACUCAGAAACCCCUGCAGGACUUGGCCUCCCCAGCAGACCCGUACCAGUCCCCGCAGCCUUCCUCAGAGGUGGACUCCCCCUCUUUGUCCCAGCUUGGCUCUGCCGACAGAACAUCCUCACUGGAGGCUGGUACAGUGACAUCCCAGCGCCGCUACAGCCGCCCCGAGCAGGGCUGCAGCCCCCACUCUCGCAACGGGCACCCGGCCAAAGCCCAUCUCAGGCCUGCACUCUCCAUGGAGGACAGAGACUCUGGGCUGGAAAGCAGCGAGUCAGAGGGCAACCAGAUCUACUACGCUCUCUACACCUUCAAAGGCCGAAACACCAACGAACUGAGCGUAUCAGCUAACCAGAGACUCAGGAUCCUGCAGUUUGAGGACAUCACAGGCAAUCAGGAGUGGUGGCUGGCCGAGGCACACGGGAAGCAGGGCUAUGUGCCCUCUAGUUACAUCCGGAAGACAGAGUACACGUGA